AUGGCUUCGACCAGAUCUUCAUAUCCUGACAUACCAGCUAUGCAAGCCAUCUUCUCCAACCUCGAGACAGGCAACUACGCUGCCUUCUUCACCCACGUCGCCGAUGACGUGAAUUGGACCGUAACCGGAACACAUCCACUAUCCGGCGCAUUUACCAACAAGACCGAUCUUCAGAAGCACGCUUUGGGUACAAUUCAGAAGUGUAUGGAUCGCAAUGGUCUGGCGCUAGAGGUAAUCAACCUGGCCGGGGGCGGAUCUCAUCCAUGGGCGGUGGCAGAAUUACGCAGUCACGGUAAUACGAGAAGUGGCAGCCGUUUCGACAACCGAUACGCAUGGGUGUUCCGGUGGAAUGGGCAAGGGACCAUUGAGGAGCUUCGAGCGUACAUGGACUCGGCCUUGGUGGAACGAACCAUUCGGGAAAUCGAGUUUGACGGCGAGUAA